AUGUCUAGUGAUUACCGCAAACGACUGGGCCAGUCCGAAGGACUACAGCGAAUCCAAAAAACAAGUCUUAAUAUGAGUAUGAGUAAGGACUGCAAAGGACAAUACAACUCGUAUAAGACUAAGCUUAAGUUUUGUCUUAUACUAUCCGAAACGAUGGACUUUAUUUACAGCAAUAGUAUAGGACAAAACUUGGGUGCCGCCAUCUGGCUGUCGAGUGAAAAGUCGAGAACUGAUGCAGCUGAUGAUUUGUUUAUAGGGUCGCCCGUGUGGAAGCCAAGAGACAGUAGUUUAGAGGCGACCUCUACCACGCUCCCGCGCAAGGCCGGUCAUCACGCCAGCGCGGCUCUAAGCGCAUCGCGAAAGUCGCUGAUCGAGACCGGAACGGGCCUGGAGAUACACAACACCACGUUCGGCAAGCAAUAA